AUGAUCAAGUCGUCCGAGCUCGAUCCUUCGCCAGUCGCUGCGGCAGGCCUUGGUGUCGCUGGCCUUAAUUUCGACUUUGGCGCUUCGACGUCAAGCUUGGCUUCGCCGUCCAUCGGCACCACAAAGGCGCCACGAUGGGGUACCAUACGUCAACGUUUCAGCAGCAUCCAAUCGCGCGACAGCGCCUCUCAUCCCGAGGACAGCAUCGACGAUGGCAUGUGGGAUAAGAACGAUGCCGCCUUCCUCCAAGACGUCGCUCGCGAUUCGCCCCUUCUUCUCGAGUCACCCGUCAUCUCCAACAUCGACGGCUCAGCAUCUCGCACCUCGCUCUCCUCGUCGCGUCCCGGCAGCUUCAUGCACACGAUCGAUGCUGCGUCUGCCUUUGCCACACCGCUCGCCUCGUACGAACCGCUGCCACCUCAGUCGGCUUUCUCCUCCACCUCUAAUCGACCAUGGACGCGCUCUAUGCGCAAAACGCCCUCGACCACCGUGCUCCCAGACCUUCCCGAGCAGAGACGCAUCGACGAUGCCCUCGUCUAUCCGCGCCCCUCCACCUCCUCCUCUACGCUCGCUUCCACGGCGACUCAUCUUGUCUCGUCCAGGGCAUCUUCGACGUCCUUAGUUGGCGCACAUGGAUUCGGCAAUGCACACGUGCGCCAAUCUACUGGCGGUAGCUACAGUGCGCACUCGAGCGUCGGCUCAAGUCCCAUGCUCACUCCCAAUUUCCACGCUGGAAGCGACUCGCCUCGAUCAGCUGGAAUCCAGGACCAAUACCCACGCUCGCCCUCGCUUCACAGCUCUUCUUCCUUUCCAGCUUCUGGCUUUGUCUUUCGCUCGUUCGACGAUCGUACUACGAGCCCCCGUGCUCGUCAACGAACCAGCUCUUCCAACUCUACCGCCGGCUUCAAUGCUGCCACCGGCUCAGCUUGGACUCCCUCCUUGUCGACAUUCGAUCGUCGCACCAGCCGCGCACAGGCUGGCAGCCCGCUCGCUCCUGCAAUCUCGUCCCCUUCUUCGCGCAUUUCCAGCCCAGAGUUGUUCGGAGAAAACCAAUUUGGAACCGCAUCUCCCAUCCUGGCACAGAUGACAGCUGAGAAUGGCGUUGCAACAAGCGAUCGGAAUCGACACUCAAUCGCCCGUGUGCUCGACUCGCCGAUGAUCGCUUCUUCUACCGCUCAUGCCGCGCAGUCUACAACCAGCUCUGCACAGCAACCUCAUCGCCAAGGCGUUCAAAGCGCCGCAGGCACAGCUGCAUCGCCUGUCACCGACACUAAUGUCUCAUCGAUCGCGUCCGGCUCGGUCCCUCGCAAACACGCCAAGAACAGGAGCAGUCUGGUCUCGGGUCUGCGCAAGCUCAUGAACAAGCGCGAAAGGGAUUCCAAGAUAUAUGUUGGUGCCAAUGAUGCCUCACUACCUCCACUUUUGCCGUUCCCGUCCGCGAAUAUCGAGUCACACCUUCCAGGCCUGGCUGCUGGCGCGGUCGAGUCGGACAACAUUGCCGAAAGCUCGCAUAUUGCUCCAGAAGCGCCUUUGGACGCGUCGCCCAGGAUGGCACGCAAAUCCCCGUCUCUUGACCUCUUGCGAGGCUUUGCCUCUCCCAAUCGGAAUUCAAGGAUCGUGGCCUCCGCCUCGGAUCGAGCGCGUCCUAUCGCGCCCAUCGCGCCUCCCUCGCCGCGCUCGCGAGCCAAGAGCAUUGAUGGUGGCAGGCGGCCACUGCGCGAUGUGCUGACUUUGCGCUCUGCCUCCAACCAGCGCAAUCGCAACAGCGUGAUCGAGCACAUUUCCCACGAGCAAGCUCGCAGGCUCACUGGCAACGCAGGUCCCCUGUUUCUGUCCACCGAGCAAGCCAUCAAAGAGCACCGCGCGCUGUAUGCCAAUGCACCUGCUCCGGUCGGGCUCCCGAACCGCUCCGAGUUUGACAUGUUCGACGAUGCUUCGUCUUCGGACAAGGCAGCACACUCGAUCCCGGUCCAUCCGCAUUUGCGUCGCGUUGAACACGACCAGGCUGAUGAUGUAGAGGGCGUCGAGAUGCUCGCCACUCUGAGCAACAGCAGCAGUGUCGCAGGCGUGGCUUCUGGCGAGUUCGCAGCGAACGACGCCGCUGCGACAUCGAGAGCGCCGUUCGGGUUCCAGUCGCAGACGUAUAGGCCUUACUCGCGCGAAUCGCAUCGGUCAACACCUCACUCCAGCUCAGCUUCGUUUGAACGUUCAGCUACGGGCGAUGGUGCUGUGUCGUUUCCGAAAUCGCAUCGUCCCGCUCUGUCUUUGGGCUCGCAAACAACGCUCGGCAGCAUCCACGACGGUCAGACGUCCGACGCGUCUUCCAGUGGCCUUUCGAUCCACAUGCCUCCACCCGCGGGAGGAGCGAGCAGCAGGCGCGGUCAUGCGAGCCGUCGAUCGCUCAACAGCCUGGUGGGUAACAGGCCCUGGUCGAGCUUUUUGGGCUCGCCCGUGCUCAGCGGCAGCAACAGCUCACAGUCGCAUUCCGGCAAGCGAGUAUCGGGCGCGGUCAUCUCGCGGCCCUUGUCGGUCACAUCCUCCACGUUUUCGGGUCACUUUCAGGACGGUGUAUUCAACGACAACGAGCAAGCCGAUGCUGCCGAUGUUACGUUGCGUGCUUCGGAUUUGCAUCGCAUGGCAGCAGCAGCACGAGCACGAGCUGACCAUCUGGAUCGCCAUCAGGGCGCAUCGCGUCUUCGGCUCGACUCCGAUUCUUCGGAACCGGCACCUCAUGCGGCGGCAGUCGGAGCGACAAAUUUUAUCGAAAAUUCCACGCACGGGCGCUCUUCGUGGCACUUUCCACGUCCACCCUCGGGCCCACUUGCACAUCACCUUGCCCUUUCUCCACCACCAGUCGUCUCGACGUCGUCUGGCUCGUCACACCACUCUCACCAGUCCAAUCCGCAUUCGCAGCCUAAGUCACACUCGCAACACUCGCAUCAGUCGUACCAUUCCUUCACCAAUUCCGGCGCGUCCACCACCACCGCGCCUCCGUCUGCAUCGGUCUCCGACAACCACCUCGUCUCGGGCCCUGCACCUCCCGUCCUUUCGGGUCCACAUCGUCCGCCAAAAUCUGCCGCUCGCCAGAACAGCUCGCGCUCCCUUCGACGCCCUGCAACCGGUGACGGCUCCACAUCGCCUCACCUCGCCAGCAGCGGCAGUUUCCAGUCGAUUGGGCUCAGUGCACCUUCCAUCUCUUCGCCGCUGAUCCAGUCGUCAUCACUCGAGAACCUCCAAGAAGGGCGUUUCACUGCCGCGCAGCCGCAUUCCUCAGCAACGGCUCUUGGCUUUGCAACUGCUUCCCGUCCGUCGGGUGCAGGUCAUCGGCUCACUGUCUCGGGCUCUUCGGUUUCGCGACGCAAGCGUCCUUCCUUCGGUCUUGCCAUCGAACCCGCCGCCCACUCGGCCUUCGACAGCAUCCCGAGCCCGAUGCUUCGCACUCAUCGCGUCUCGUCGGCGCUUCCAGAAGGUGUAUCUCAUCCACGACCCUUCUCUUCCUCCUCGGCAUCAGCUGCUCGAACCACGCCUUCCGGCAGCUCGUCAGGUACUAGUCCGCCCGACUCGGCCCGCGUUUCUGCAGCUACGCUCUCAUCGAGCCAUCACUUUGACCACGAGAACGGCGUGGAGAUCGAGACGCUCUUGGAAGGCAGUUCGAACAAGCAGCGCUAUAGCGUGACGGAUCCGCUUUCGGCGUCGGUACCAGCGCUGCAAGACGCCAUGGCCGCUGUUUCUUUCAGGGACCCCGCCUCGAAUCACCGCCAUGAGGUGUCGGUGCCCAUGGACGAAGGCGAUUCUCCACGACAGCAUUUGGAGGAAAGCUGGAGUCGCGUCACCGAGGGCUCUGAACCGAUGUACGGUGAACGGCCUGCAGACAUAUUGGAGGACACAUCGCGACGAUACAUGAUCCACUCUCCCAAUGAAGAGGAAGGACCCGCACUCGCCAACGCUUCCCCCAUCUCGUCCUCGGGUCGUCUCAGCCAAGCAUCCAAAGACAUCGCCUUUGGCUCGAUCGCAGGGAUGGUGAGCAAGGUGUUCGAGCACCCCUUCGACCUCGUCAAGGUUCGAUUGCAGACGCAAUCCGCCGAUCGACCUAGACGCUACGCGGGUGCGUUCGAUUGCUUCAAGCAGACGUAUCUGCAGGAAGGGGUUCGUGGGUUGUACCGGGGUCUGAGCAUGCCCGUGAUUGGAGCGACGAUGGAGAACGCGUGUCUGUUCUUCACGUACAACCAGAUCCAGUCGGCGAUCCGAUGGGUGAAUGGGGAGGAGAGGAGCGGCAGGUCGGCAGCCAAGGAGGAUGCGGAGAAGCCGUUGUCGAUUCCGCAGCUGGCGAUCGCGGCGGCGGGGGCUGGGAUGGUGACGAGUGUGGUGUUGACGCCGAUCGAGCUGAUCAAGUGCAAGAUGCAGGUGCAGAUGAUUACGAGGGAACAGCAGGCGCCGUCGGUGGCCGCGGCGGCGGAGAGGGGUGGUCCUGUUCAGGCAGCGCUGCAACAGUCACGAUCGAUCCACACGAGCGCGUUGCGAAAUGCUGCUGCUUCGACAAGCUCGCGAUCCCAAGCAAUCAAGACGCUCGAUGGACCGCUCGCGCUGCUGCGUCGAACCGUCGCCACCGACGGAAUCCGCGGACUGUGGCUCGGACAGACGGGAACGCUGCUUCGCGAAACAGGUGGUGGAGUAGCCUGGUUCCUCGCAUUCGAAUCGUGCUCUCGCUACCUCAUCUCGCGCAAGAAGCUCCUGCAGAAGCGAGACGACAUCACCAAGAAGGACCUCUCGUCGCUCGAGCUCGUCGGAGCAGGUGCGCUGGCCGGGAUCAGCUACAACGUGGUGCUCUUCCCCGCCGAUUCGGUCAAGUCGACCAUGCAGACGGAACAGGAGAUGCGCGCAGUCAACCGCGUUCAUGGCGAGAAGUGGAAGGGAACAGGAUUCUUCGAGACGUUCAAGAACAUCUACAGGACCAGGGGCGUCAGGGGGUUGUACGCCGGUUGCGGCGUGACCUGUUUGAGGAGUGCGCCGUCGAGUGCGAUUAUCUUUUUGAUGUAUAACAAGUUGGAGAGAUUGAGCGACGAGUAUGGACUAUAG